CACUACAACGCGCUGACCUGCGAGGGCUGCAAAGGCUUCUUCCGGCGCAGCAUCACCAAGAAGGCGGUGUACCGCUGCAAGAGCGGGGGGCACUGCGAGAUGGACAUGUACAUGAGGAGGAAGUGCCAGGAGUGCCGCCUCAAGAAGUGCAGAGCUGUGGGAAUGCUGGCAGAGUGUUUGCUGACUGAAGUCCAGUGCAAGUCAAAGCGACUCAGGAAGAAUUUCAAGCAGAAGAGCAGUUUCCUUUGCAACAUAAAGCUGGAAGAUGAGGGACUGAAUAGUAAGCAAGUAUCAUCUACAACAAGAUCUGGAAAAAUAUCAGAAAAGAUGGAACUUACUCCAGGAGAACAUCAGCUUCUUGACCACAUUGUAGCAGCUCACCAAAAAUACACAAUUCCCCUUGAGGAAGCCAAGAAGUUUCUACAGGAAACUGCAAGCCCUGAGGAAAGUUUCCUCCACCUGUCUGAGACAGCUGUUGUCCAUGUCCAGGUGUUGGUGGAUUUCACAAAAAGACUCCCAGGGUUUGAGAGUUUAGCCAGUGAGGACCAGAUUGCUCUGCUGAAAGGAUCCACAGUGGAGGCAAUGUUCUUGAGAUCAGCCCAAAUCUACAACCAAAGAAUGAGCGAGUGCCAGCCAUCAACCAGUGAAAGUCAUGUAAGACUUUCUGAUCACGGGACAUGUUGUCAUGUUCAAAGCCUUGAUAAAAGCAAUAUUUAUUCCAUGGAAAUGUGUCAUAAUAAAGAGAGGCCAACUUCUACUACUACCACAGGCAUAACUGAGGAGUUCAUCACCGCCCUAUUCUACUUCUACAGAACCAUGGGGGAACUCAAAGUGACCGAGACCGAAUACGCUCUGCUCGUAGCAACAACAGUGUUCUUUUCAGACCGCCCGUUGCUGAGGGACAAGCGCCACGUGGAGGAGCUGCAGGAGCCGCUGCUGGGGAUCCUGUACAAGCACUCGAAGCUGCAGCACCCGCGGGACCCGCAGCGCUUCGCGCGGCUGCUGGGGCGCCUCACGGAGCUGCGCUCGCUCCGCCACGCCCACGCGGGGGCGCUGCGCGCGCGGGACCCGCGCCUGGCCGCGCCGCUGCGCGACCUCUGGGACCUCCACUAG